GGCCAAUGUAGCUUUCCUUGAGUAAACCGAUAAAGGACCGCUGUAGCAGUUUCGCUCAUAAAGCAGGGAGCAAAAUGUCGGGAGAGGUUUACCUGCUGUGGCUGCUGUCGCUGCUCCAGACGCUGUCGGCGUACGGAGCCGAGCUGUCGUCUGAGGCUUGCAGGGAGCUGGGAUUCUCCAGCAACCUCCUGUGCAGCUCCUGCGACCUGCUGGGGGAGUUCAGCCUGACCAAGCUCCAGCCCAUCUGCCGGCAGUGCUGCCAGCAGGAGGCUCAGAUGGAGACACGCAAGCUCUACGCUGGAGCCAUCCUGGAGGUGUGUGGAUGAAAAUUGGGGAGGUUCCCUCAAGUCCAGGCUUUUGUGAGGAGCGAGAAGCCGAAGAUGUUCAAAGGUCUUCAGAUCAAGUACGUCAGAGGCUCCGAUCCUAUCCUGAAGCUCCUGGACGAUAACGGGAACAUGGCUGAGGAGCUCAGCAUCACCAAGUGGAACACAGACAGCGUUGAAGAGUUUCUGAGCGAGAAGUUGGACCGAAUAUAGAGACGCACACAGAUUUAAUAAAAAAAAAAAUCCUUUUUUUUUAAUUUAGAAGCUAACGUUCCAUCAGAUUACAGCGACGAAUCAGAGCAGUGAGUAAAAUGUGGCUUUUGUUUCAGCAGAUUGUCUUUGUUUAGCUGUUUGUAUAAAACCUGGGCUUGAUGGCUGUUUGUUAAAUCAUUGGCCUCUAUGACUGUUUUUGUAUCUGAAUAUGAUCAGUUUGUCUCACAUAGAUUCUUUACAAAAAAAAAAAACCUAAACCA